AUGUCGAAAUGCUUUGUGUCCCGGCAAUGCGGUCCCAGCUGCCAGUGUGCUGAGAGGGGCUUCUUUGACAAAUUCUCCGAGAAGGAAGCGGUGGUUGGUAUCAGUGCGUCUGGGGUCCGGGGCCCCGUCCAAACCCGACUGAAGUGGGGCCCAUCCAUUAGCACGUCCUUCAGGGACACGGCGAGGUGUGUGAGUGUGAUAGCAGCCGUCACCCGCACCCUCACGCUCUCAGCAGACGAAGCGCUGGCGCCACCGGCCCCUCAGAGCCACUGUUACAAAUGUCCGGAUGGUUUUGAAUGUAUGAAGACCGGACGAAACCCCAACUACGGCUACACCAGCUUCGACAGCUUCGGAUGGGCUUUUCUCUCGCUUUUCAGACUCAUGACACAAGAUUACUGGGAAAACCUCUAUCAUCACACGCUGCGCUCGGUGGGAAAAGCGUACAUGGUGUUUUUUGUGCUGGUGAUCUUCCUGGGCUCCUUUUACCUGGUGAACCUGAUCCUGGCUGUGGUGGCCAUGGCGUACGAGGAGCAGAACCAGGCCACCAUCGCAGAAGCCCUGCAGAAAGAACAAGAGUUUCAGCUCGCCAUGGAGCAGCUGAAGAAGGAACAGCAGGCGGCUCAGAAAGCACAAGAAACUGAGUCCAUCUUGACGGCCGACGUGUCGCCGUUCUCCUCACAAGACAAAGGGAAUCUGGACCGGAGGAAAAGCUCGAGACUGCUGUCUGAAGGAACGGAGGACGUCAACAACGACAAAUCAGCCAAGAUGGACACUAUAGAGGGGAUGAAGCAAACGCACUCUCUGCUGGUCCGCACUCUCUCCUUACGUGCCCGACGGGAGAGUCAGGUCAGCAUCUUCAACUUCCGGCUGCCGAACAAAGACUCGGAGGUGGAUUUCGCCGACGAUGAGUUCAGCAAUCACGGCGAUUCGGACAGCCGCAGCGGGGCGCUGGCUCUGCCCUGGAGCAGGAGACGGACCAGCGCUCAGAGCACCUGCAGCCACAGCUCGCAGUUCUUCUUCCCGAGUCUCAACAUCAACGGCAAACUCUUCGUGGCCAUGGACCAGAACGGCCUCUCGGGCCAGGGGCCGCUGUCUCCGCUGCCCACCUGCACCAUGGAGAAGGUCAAAGAGGAGAGCGGACACAACUCCAGCAAUGAGCUGAGCAGUAUGCUGCUGCCCCAGCUGCCCCAGGAGGGCCGACACCGGACCCUGAGCGCCACCAGCUACAUCACUGACGCCAUGGAAGCAAGGUGCGUGCGAGGACAGGAGAAGUGUCUCCAUCUGCUCGCGGUUAAUAUCGUCCCCCGAGACGCCGCUCGCUGUUGUUAUUCAGAGGAAAGGUGUAACCCUCCCCACUGCUGCUUCAUCAUGACACAGCCAGGCUGUGAGAUCACCUGGGUGGCACAAGAAGCCAGACUCUUCCCUCAGCAGCUGGAGGAGGCGCAGCAGAAGUGUCACCCAUGCUGGUACGUGUUUGCACACAAGUACCUGGUGUGGACGUGUGGCCCCAGCUGGCUGAAGGUGAAGGAGUGGGUGAAGUUCAUGGUGAAUGAUCCGUUCCUGGAUCUGGCCAUCACUAUCUGCAUCGUUCUCAACACGCUCUUCAUGGCUCUGGAGCACUAUCCCAUGACAGAUGAGUUCAACCGCAUGCUGUCUGUGGGGAACCUGGUGUUCACAGGCAUCUUCACAGCGGAGAUGGUCCUGAAGAUCAUCGCUCUGGAUCCGUAUUAUUACUUUCAGCAGGGCUGGAACAUCUUUGACAGUCUGAUCGUGAGUCUGAGUCUCAUGGAGCUGGGUUUGUCCAACGUGGAGGGUCUGUCUGUCCUGCGCUCCUUCAGACUGCUGCGAGUCUUCAAGCUGGCGAAGUCGUGGCCGACGCUGAACACGCUCAUAAAGAUCAUCGGGAACUCGGUGGGCGCUCUGGGGAACCUGACGCUGGUUCUGGCCAUCAUCGUCUUCAUCUUCGCCGUGGUCGGCAUGCAGCUGUUCGGGAAGAACUACGAGUCGUGCGUCUGCAAGAUCUCCAGGGACUGUAUUCUGCCCCGCUGGCACAUGAAGGACUUCUUCCACUCGUUCCUCAUCGUUUUCCGGGUCUUGUGCGGAGAGUGGAUCGAGACCAUGUGGGACUGUAUGGAAGUGGCGGGCCAGCCGCUCUGCAUCCUGGUCUUCAUGCUGGUCAUGGUCAUCGGGAACCUCGUGGUCUUGAACCUCUUCUUGGCGUUGCUCCUGAGCUCCUUCUGCGCAGACAACCUCUCAUCUCCGGACGAGGAUGGCGAAAUGAACAACCUGCAGAUCGCCAUCGCUCGCAUCCAGCGCGGGAUGCUGUGGCUCCGGCAGGCGCUCUGCGACUUCUUCAACGGGAACUUCAAGCGGCGCCGGCAGAAGGCCAAGGAGGCCAAAGCCAUGCUGAAGCUGAAGAGACUGAGCCAGCAGACGCACUGGGCCGAGGGCAACGGGACAGCCGUCAUCGAGCGCGCCUCGGAGGACGACAGCUACAUGACCAACCCCACCCUCACCAUCAGCGUCCCCAUCGCGCCCGGAGAGUCCGACCUGGAGUUCCCCGAGGAAGAGGAGGAGGAGGAGGAGGAAGAUGAGGCCAGCGAGAGCGAGGAGGAGGAGCGAGAGGAGACCAAACCGAGAGACGACACCAGCCUAUCAGAAGGCAGCACGAUCGACCUCAGGAAGCCCGGCGAGGAGGAGGAUGAAUACUCUGAGACGGCUGAAGAGGCCAUGGAUCCGGAAAACUGCCUUCCUGACUUUUGUGUACGUCGCUUUAAGUGCUGUGACAUCAACACGUCCGAGGGUCUGGGUCGAGCCUGGUGGCGUCUGAGGAAGACAUGUUAUCAGAUAGUGGAGCACAGCUGGUUUGAGACCUUCAUCAUCUUCAUGAUCCUCCUCAGCAGUGGAGCGCUGGCAUUUGAAGACAUUUACAUUGAACAAAGGAAAGUGGUCAAAGUGGUGCUUGAAUACGCAGACAAGAUCUUCACCUACAUCUUCAUCUUGGAAAUGAGUCUGAAGUGGAUCGCCUACGGUUUCAGGAAAUACUUCACCAACUACUGGUGCUGGCUGGACUUUCUCAUUGUGGCUGUGUCUCUCGUAAGCCUUGUAGCAAGCACGCUGGGCUACUCGGACUUUGCUGCCAUCAAAUCUCUCAGAACGCUCAGAGCCCUCAGACCGCUGAGAGCGCUGUCCCGGUUUGAAGGCAUGAGGGUGGUGGUGAACGCUCUGAUCGGCGCGAUCCCGUCCAUCAUGAACGUGCUGCUGGUGUGUCUGAUCUUCUGGCUGAUCUUCAGCAUCAUGGGAGUCAACCUGUUCGCCGGGAAGUUCGGCCGCUGCGUCAACCGCACCGGCUUCAUCUUCAACGCCUCCUUCAUCAACAACAAGAGCGAGUGCUUGGAGAUGAACAGCACGCAGUACUACUGGACCAAAGUCAAGGUCAACUUCGACAACGUGGGCGCCGGGUACCUCGCGCUGCUGCAAGUGGCCACGUUCAAGGGUUGGAUGGAGAUCAUGUACGCCGCGGUCGACUCACGAUCCGUGGAAGAGCAGCCCAUUAAAGAGAACAGCCUGUACAUGUACCUGUACUUCGUCAUCUUCAUCAUCUUCGGCUCCUUCUUCACGCUCAAUCUCUUCAUCGGUGUCAUCAUUGACAAUUUCAACCAACAGAAGCGAAAGUUAGGAGGACAGGACAUCUUCAUGACAGAAGAACAGAAGAAAUAUUAUAACGCCAUGAAGAAACUGGGAUCCAAGAAACCUCAGAAACCCAUCCCAAGACCUACUAACUCGAUCCAAGGAUUCUUCUUCGACUUGGUGUCCAAACAAGCCUUUGACAUCAUCAUAAUGCUGCUGAUCAUCCUCAACAUGGUGACGAUGAUGGUGGAGACGGACGAGCAGUCUGCCAGCAUCGAGUACAUACUCUACUACAUCAACCUGGCCUUCAUCGUCAUCUUCACCACCGAGUGCAUCAUCAAACUCAUCGCCCUGAAUAUGUAUUUUAAUUUGAACUCAAAUGCUAACUCUAAUCGGUGUCUCUUUCUCGUUCCAGGCAUUGUUCUGGCGGAUAUCAUUGAGAAGUACUUCGUCUCGCCAACGCUCUUCCGCGUCAUCCGCUUGGCUCGAAUCGGACGAAUCCUUCGGCUCAUCCGUGGCGCGAAGGGAAUCCGGACGCUGCUCUUCGCUUUAAUGAUGUCUCUCCCAGCGUUGUUCAACAUCGGCCUGCUGCUGUUCCUCGUCAUGUUCAUCUACGCCAUCUUCGGCAUGGCUAACUUCGCCUACGUCAAGAAGCAAGGCGGCAUCGACGACAUGUUCAACUUCGAAACGUUCGGAAACAGCAUGAUCUGCCUCUUCCAGAUCACAACGUCUGCCGGAUGGGACAAUCUGCUCAAUCCAAUCCUCAACAACUCUCCGGAAGAGUGCGACCCGGAUAUUCCUCACACCGGGACGAACGUUCGCGGAAACUGCGGGAAUCCUUCGGUCGGCAUCACGUUCUUCGUGACCUACAUUAUUAUUUCGUUUCUCAUCGUGGUGAACAUGUACAUCGCGAUUAUAUUGGAGAACUUCAGCGUGGCUACCGAGGAGAGCACGGCGACGCUGCGCGAGGACGACUUCGAGAUGUUUUACGAAGUCUGGGAGAAGUUCGAUCCGGAGGCGAUGCAGUUCAUCGAAUACUCCAAACUCUCGGAUUUCGCCGACUCGCUUUCCGAGCCGCUGCGCAUCACUAAACCCAACAAAAUCAAACUGAUUUCCAUGGACCUUCCGAUGGUGAGCGGCGACAAGAUCCAUUGUUUGGAUAUCCUCUUCGCGUUCACCAAACGCGUUCUUGGAGAGUCGGACGAAAUGGACGCGUUGAAGCAACAAAUGGAGGAGAAGUUCAUGAUGGCGAACCCGUCUAAGAUUUCCUACGAACCGAUCACGACGACGCUUCGGCGCAAGCAAGAGGACGUUUCCGCAAUCAUGAUCCAACGCGCAUAUCGGAGGCAUCUAAUUCGACGGCAGCUGAAACAAGCCUCGCUACUUUAUCGUCAACUCCACAUGCCAGACGCGGCCAAAGACGGCGACAGUUUGCCGGAGAACGAAGGACUUAUAGUUGCGAUGAUAAUGGAGAACUACGGCGCCGAAGCCGAAGUUACGGAAAUGCUGUCAGCUACUUCGUCUCCGCCAUCGUACGACAGCGUCACGCGAGCGACUAGCGAGCUUUUUCAUGCUCUAAUCCCGGAGGCCGCGAACACGGACCUCAGCGAACCUUUCACAGACCGAGAUCGCGAGACGUUUCUGUGAUGAUGGAUGUCACCUUUUCCUUUUUGUUUACCGAAUGUAACGUAGACACAAAAUCCUUGGAGGUUUUUGUAGACUGUUUUAUUUCUCUUGUGGUUCACGUUUGUUUGAAUAUACAAGGGUAAAGUGUCACAGACAUGCUCUUUGAACAUGCACACGUCAACCUUUCACAGUUUGAAUGCAUGAAUGAGAUCCGUAGUCGCAGAUAUAGAGGAUGUAAUCAUCGUAUAUUAGACUGAAAGCAACAUAAGUUCAUUAAAGGUCUUACUUAAAAUGGUGUGAUUCCUUUUAAGAUUUGAGAUGACGUAGAAGAAACUUAGCGGUGCAUCCAUGUUAUAAAUGUUCAUACUUCACGCUUUGGAAAGCAUGACGAUUACCUCUUUCCGAUUUGUGUCGCUAGCGAUGAAAAGGCAGUGGUAUUUGCACUUUCUGUUGUUUUUUUUUUUUUUGCCAUUUCUUAUGACGUUUCGCUCGGUGUCGUUAUAUCAAGACUAGUAAAAGACAAUCAGACAUGCACCAGAAAUGGUCACUUGCUUAAAACCUGUCUUUACUAAAUUCUUGCGAACUAUUGCACAUGCUUCCUUUCGAACGUGCGACACAUUUGUUUCUAUGGUGAAGUAUUUAUUUUGCAUGCGGAAACUGCAUGGUAUGGAGGGGUUAUCGAGAACACUUUCUUUUUAAUUGUUUUGCACACUAUACGUUCAGCAAUAAUUUGCUACUUUUAGGAAUAACAUUAACAAUAUUUAUUGGAAUUAAAAAAAAACGUGUCAAAGUUUCUACUGUAACGACCUCCAGCUGUAACUGUGGCUUAUAUUACUAGUGAAGAUUAUAGCACACGUGUUUUUCUAUCUCAAACUGACAUUGAACGCGCCACCGUUGGGGUCGGGUUGGCAGGUUUGGUGAAGGGCUGUUUUAUGUAGCAAUAGAUCCCAAGUGUGCCUGCUAGAACUAAAUCCUGUGUUUAUAAUUCAUCUUUCUUCAUGCAUUUGUUUUGGGUUUUGAAAAUCAUCAGCAGACUCACCAUAAAUAGCAUCAGACGCAAACCGUUCCAUUGGCGUGUUUGACGGAAUUGACUUUACAGCGCAUUCCCUUAUGGUGGUUUCUAUCAGGAAACCCCAGUAAAGAGCACUACUUGUUCAUAGAGACAAAAAGCUGACAUCUAAAUAAAACAUUCUGCAAUAUAUUAUAAAAAAUUGCUGUGGUACAAACUACAAGGGAAUUGUCCAAUGUUUGACUAGCGCAUCUGAAUC